GCCUGUGCUGAAAGUUGUAAGAAAGAUUGAGCUGAGUUGGGAAAACUUUCUCUUUUGUGAUGAAGAGCCGAAAUCUUUUCCAUUUCGACAUUUUAUUUAGGGGAGCGAGAUGGUUUGAAGGAAUAAAUUCGCUUUCAAGUGAGGUUUUUAAUUAAACAUUAAUUGGGAAGAACAUUCCUACUUUGAAAGGACGGUUGCCAGGAGUACAGAAAAACAAGACCACCCAGGAGGGUCUAUUAGGUGGAUGCCACUCUGAACCACUAUAAUCUGCAGUGGAGGAAUAAACACUGCCGUCUCAAAACGUUCUCCCUUAUUUCCCUCGCAAUGUUUGCAGGUGGCAAAGGUGUCUUGAGGGUGUUUGCUGUUUGGGAUGGAGAGAUUGUUCGAGUUAUUUGAAUGGCGGUCAGGAACAGUCCUGCACUGGCCAGCUGUUCAACCCAAGCCGGAUGGACCAUCCUCUCCAGUCAGUUGCAGGUUUAUCCCGCUUUCCUGGCGGUCGCUGUGUUGCUGGGCUUUGUCCUGGGAAUCGCUGGUGCAGUUCUUCUUUACAUAUUUGUACUGGAACCAGCCUUGCAAAGGAAGGAACAUUGUUCAAGUGGGACUGAUGAUGAUUCCUGCUCUGAAUAUUCCGAUGAUAGUCAAAGUUUUAAAAGCAACGAGGACGAAAGAGGCACUAAACGUGGAGCUUCCCCUUAUUAUGAAGAAAAUGAAACAUCAUUGAACAGUAAUAUAGCUGCUUUUGCACUGAAGGCAAGAGUCAUAUAUCCCAUUAAUCAAAAAUUCAGGCCACUAGCAGAUGGAUCAUCUCAUCCCUCCCUAUUGGAAGGAUUGAAGCAGAGAGAUUCCACCAAAAGAACAAAAGAAGAUUUUGUUUUAUCAGACCCUGAGUUCCUCGAUCUCAAGAGUGAGAGAGAUUACAAUUGUUUUCCAGGGAAUUAUCCACCAUCGACAACAGUCUGUAACGAAAAUAACACAAUUCCGAUAGUGAUGUUCUUUUCUGAAUUACUGGGCUAUACAAGUCCUGAAGCUGAACUCGGCCUGUACAGAUUCAGUCUGCAAACCCUAAGGCUUUUAGAUGCAGAAAUACGACAAGAACAGUAUAUGAUCUUUCUUCAACUACUAAAAUUACAACUGAAUGAUUUGUACUUGAAAGAAAAAAUAGAUGAGACGUUUUACAGAGACUUUCUAUCCACACAAGAAAAGGAACUGGAAAAGCUACAGAACUUGGAGCAGCCGGUGUUGCUAGGUGACACCAGCAGGAAAGAUUGUGAACAACAUUAUACUUUGGAGGAAGCUGAACAAGAUGAACACAGUUACUUGCAAUAUACUAUACACCAGCUCAGCGGAUUUUUCAAGCAAACUGAAAGUGUCUGGUCCUCCUUUUUGAAUCAUUCCAAACUCCCCAAGAUCACUGUACAGGAAUUAAUGAGGAACAUAAGUGAAAAAAUGUUGCAGGUGGAAGUUCUGCUAACUGACUCCUUGACUUUUCAAAUCACGGUUAUUCUGGAUAGGCUGCUGCAUUGGGAGUACAUGACAAAGAGCCUUCAAUCCUUGACAUGGCUUGUGCAGCAAGAAAGCAAGGACAAAUUAAUGAUGGUGACGUCAGUGCUGAGUGUUCUCAACAGGGAUGGUACAUUGGCUUUUUGGCAAAAAGAAGAAAUUUUAGCCAGAAUACAACACUCUGUUCAAGACAAUGUGGACACAUACAUCAAUGCAUGUGCAAAACAAACUAAAGAUCUCAUUUUGGAAAUGAAGAGAAGACACAGAACUUUGAUGAAACGACUUGAAGAGACACAAAGACAUGAGAGACUGAAUCUAAAAGAGCAAGCGACUCAAAUGCUUACUCCAACUGAGUUUAUUCAGAAACAAGAGAAACAACAUGCUCGAGAAGGUGGAUGCUGGGUUAACAUAAUGAAGCAAAGAAAAUUGUGGAUGCUAGAAAUUGGAAACAUGCAAAAACAAAUUGCUGAAGAAACGCACCAGAGUUGUCAUGAGCUUGCAGAGAGACACAGACAGACCCGCUGUGAUGUGGAGGACAAGGAGAAUCAUAAUGAUGUUAAGGCAGUUACUAAACUGUGGAAGAAUCUGCAUACUAAAUCAUCACGGACUCUGGACAAACUGAUGGAGGAGCUCUUCACGGAAACCCUACCAAAACUAACCAGUGUAUCAUUACCUGCGAUGGAAACUCUGAGAAGCCGUCUGCAGCAAGACCUGACAGCAAGAAAAAAAGCAGCUGCAGUAGAAAGAAAACAACAAUUGAAACAAUUUCAUGAAAAACUGGCCCAAAUGAAACAGGUAUGGAUGGAUGAGAAAGUAAUCAACUCGGUGAAACAGAAAUAUCUGAUCGAUAAGCAGGAGAAGAUCAUUCAAGGAUUCCUACUGAGGCAGAGUGAUCUAGAGGAGAUGGUUUCUGAACACAUUAUUCUGGAACACCAAGUAGCUUUACAACCCAUGCUUAGGCAGCUAACUCUAAGGCACUUCAGUCUCUUGAUACUCAAAGAAAUGAGGCUUUUUAAGGCAAAAUGCCUGUUCAGUGAACUUGAAGAACAACGAAUGAAGGAACCCCCCAUUUGGGAUCAGCUUGAGGAUGAAAACGUGAAGCUACAGGAUAAUGAGAUGUCCAAAUUCUCAGAAGACCAGAGGAAGCUGUGGAAAAAUGCUGACGUUAUUAUUCAUCAACAGCUUGCUGCAGAAUGUCAGGCUUUUGUGGAUCUUUUACAGCAUCAUAUGGCACGGAACAUUGGCCAUGCUCUUACCCAUCAAGCCAGAGUGCACUCAUUCAAGCAAAACCAUGAUGACAACACGCAGAAACUUAAGAAUCUAUUAGUGGAGAGAACAACCGAAAGUGUCUAUGUGACAAUGGAAAGUGUAACCAAUCUAAUCCAGAACUAUGACCAGAAGAUAGAAGAAAUCAUGGAUGUAUACCAAAAAGACAAAAAGAAUCAGCUGAGUUUCAUGCAAGAAACAUUUAAAAGACAAAAACUCAGCAAGGAAGCGGCUUUGGAGGACAAGCUGAAGGCAGACUUAGUCAGUGUGAAAACAAAUCCUCUUCUACCAAGAAGAAUUCAACACCAGUUGGUGCUACAGCAGAAAAGGAUUAUAUCCAUGUUGUUGCUUGAAGAGGAGACAAAUAUGGAGUUCCUAAAGAAGAGGACAAUGCUGCUUCAUCAGCUGAAGGAGCAGGUUGAUUCACACCUAAAGGUGGCAGAAAAAACAUUCAUGUCUCAACUUGCCGCUUUAGCCAGAGUUCCCAAAGCAGACUGGAAGACUCUGGAGAAGAAAUUCCUUUCAGGACCUGCAAGUGGAAGACGUAAAAGAAAGGAACCCUAUUUAUACAAACAGCUAAGUGAAACCACAUAAAAACAGCAAAAGGAAUAUAUUGUCUGACCAUUGUACUAUGUUACAGUAUGCUUCCAUGUUUCCACACUCAACUUUUAUACCAGUGACUGUGACUAGCAUUAGUUUAUUUUUCAUACUAGAUCACGUGUUCACAGGAUUGGUAUAGGAGAGAAGGAGGCCAAUCAGCCCCUCAUGUCUGCACUGGCUCUCUGACCUAGUGUCAAACUCCUUCUCCUUCCCAUAGCUUUGUAGAUCAUUUAUCUUUAAGAUGAUCAUCCAAUACCUUCCUGACUGCUUCCAUCGAACCUCCCUCCACCAUACUUCUAGGCAGCACAUACAGAAUCUCUGUAAUUUUUUUUUCUCACCUCACAUUUGCUUCUUUUACAAAGAACUUAAAUUGUGCCUGCUAGUUCUUUAUCCUUUUACAAUGGGAACAAUUUCUUCCCAUCUACACUGACUAGACCAUCAUGACUUCUCCAGUCUUUGUAUCUGUCAGAUACUCUGCACUCAGGAUUGCAGUAGCUCCGCUGGUGCUGAUUCUGCUCUUCCCAUCAUCCUGAUUAUUUAUUUCCAAACUUCACUUCUGUUCCUUGUCCACUUUUAAUCUGUCUUGCACUCAGUCCACGUUCUCAUAUUUUCCUCCUAUCCUCCAGAACAAGGUUCCUUCUUAUUACCACUGCCCUGUAAACUUUACAUUUAUAAUUUCUAAUCUCUACAAACUUAAGUAAAGUCACAAAUUAAUCAUGACUUUGAAAAUCCAAGCUCAAACCUUAACCAGAAGGGAACCUGUUAGAGAUGUGUAAGAUUAUGAAAUCCAUAGAUAGAAUGGAUAGGAAGGCACUUUUUCCACUGGUGGAGAUGUCAGUAACCAGGGACCUAGAUAUAAGGUAUGACAUAAAAGCUAAGAGGAGAGUUGAAGUUUUUUUUCACCCAGAGUGUGGUACAAGUGUGGAACUCACUGGCUGAAAUUGUGAAUGAGUCAGAACAUCUCAUAACAUUUAAAGAAAAUUUACAUGUUACCUUGAAUUGCCAUAGCCCUCAGGAUAAUGGGCCAAAAGGUGGAAAAAUGGAUUAGUGUUGACUCAUAGGGCUCAAUAGCAUCCUAUUGCUAUGGGAUUGGCUUUCUGUUUACUUCCUACAUGAUUUGGGGUGGCAUGGUGCCUGAAUGGUGAGCACUGCUGACUGUCAGUGUCGGGGACCUGGAUUCGAUUCCAGCCUCAAGCGACUGUCUGUGUGGAGUAUGCACAUUCUCCCCGUGUCUGUGUGGGUUUCAUCCCACAGUCCGAAGAUGUGCAGGCUGAGUGGAUUAGCUGUGGGAACUGCAGGGUUACGGGGACAGGACAACUCUUUGAAGGGGUAGUGUGGACAUGAUGGGCAAAAUGGUCCUGCUUUCUCACUGUAGAGAUUCAAUGAUUCAUGUACCUCUAUAUAAAACGGCUGUUUUAGUAUUUCUAAGCAACUUCAUCUAUUGACAGUCUCAAUUUCCAUUUUCCAGUGUUUAUUGACUUCCACAGAACUUUCAUGCUGGACUAAAUUUUUGUUAGCCAGUUAGGAUUGCAGUCGGAAAAAAGUUCCAACUCCACAAGCCCAACUUGGGUAAAGUACAAGAAGAGGAUAGACCUUCAUUCUGGGGUGGUUGGGUACUAAGGGGACUUACGCCCAGGGAAGGAUUCAGAGUCAGCCACGAGGGCUGUCUGGUUGUUUAAAAGGUCCACUCAGUUUUUGUUUUACAAUUGAACACUAAGGCAAAUGAAAAGUCCUCACUCUAGUAGCCCUUUAUCUCAACACAUUCCAUAUGUCUUGUCCGUGCCAACUGAAGCCAGCGCAUACCUCCAACAACUCCCCAAGGCCGCUCAUGACCAAUGUGCCAAUUAUGUCCCUCAAUCUACAUCCCAGUACCCUCAUACCCUCCAUACCACUCAAGAUUCAUCACCUGUCUCCAAAGUGCUUCAUAGCCCCUUUUUCGGUCCAUGGUACAUUUGUCUGUAUGGUCCUCAUAGAAACCUAUGACACCCCAAUCAUCCCAAUAGAUGUUUAUAGUCCCUAAAUCAACGUAGUGCAAACUCAUGCCAACCCAUGACCUCCCCUUAUAUUUUAGUGCCAACUUGUGAUCCUGUUAUACCCUCCAAACCAACUCACUCAGCAUCCACCAUGAGCAAAUCGCAAGAUCCAUGGUGUUAUUAUAGGAAAUGAACUUCAAAGUGUCUAUUUCAGACUGAACUUUUUCUUUUAAAAAGCAUUCAUUACAUUUAAAUCCUUUCAAUUCCCUAUUUCAUUGUGAAGACAACCACUUGUAUUCAAAGCAUCACCUCAAAAGCAACUAAUCUCUUUAAGAUGACUUGGAGCUGUCAAUCAAACUGUAUACUUACAGCACCCCUCCCCCCACCAAAGAUAAUACAGUAAUGGUACCAUUCAACCUUAUGUCAAAUGCAUCUAUUUAAAUUGCUAGCACAGAUUUUUUUCAACUGUAGACUCAGAGCUUUUUCAAAAUUUAAAGGGCAGGGAACUUGACAACUUAUCUAUUUUUAAAAUUAAUAAUCGUCUCUAAUUUAAUAAUCCCAAAGGGAUACCUAGCCUUUCCCAAAGGGAGCUGGGCUGGUUUUGAGAUGCAGUGUGGGGAGGGGAGAGUUUAAAGCUUGUGAAGUCCACUUUGAUACCAUUGGCCUGCAGGGUUCCCAAGCGGAAUAUGAGUUGCUGUUCCUGCAACCUUCGGGUGGCAUCAUUAUGGCACUGUAGGAGGCCCAUGAUGGACAUGUUGUCUAAGGAACGGGAAGGGGAGUUAAAAUGGUUCGCGACUGGGAGGUGCAGUUGUUUAUUGCGAACCGAGCGUAGGUGUUCUGCAAAGCGGUCCCCAAGUCUCCACUUGGUUUCCCCAAUGUAGAGGAAGCCACACCGGGUACAGCAUCCCAAAACCAGCCCAGCUCGUCCCGACCUCCCUAACCUGUUCUUCCUCUCACCUAUCCUCUCCUCCCACCUCAAGCUGCAUCUCCAUUUCCUACCUACCAAUCUCAUCCCGCCUCCUUGACCUGUCUGUCCUCCCAGGACUGACCUAUCCCCUCCCUACCUCCCCACCUAUACUCUCCUCUCCACCGAUCUUCUCCUUUAUCCAUCUUUAGUCUGCCUCCCCCUCUCUCCCUAUUUAUUCCAGAACCCUCUCCCCAUCCCCCUUUUCUGAUGAAGGGUCUAGGCCCAAAACGUCAGCUUUUGUGCUCCUAAGAUGCUGCUUGGCCUGUUGUGUUCAUUCAGCUCCAUACUUUGCUAUCUCAAUUCUGGACGAUGGUGCCUGACUGAAAGAGCAGAUUUAUUGUUUCAAAAUCUAAGCACCUGGCCAAUUUGUUUCCAUGUAAAAGCUGUCUUCAGUAGCUAUUCAGAUCAUGAUGUCAAGUUCCCAGGCACCCUGCUUCUUUUUUAUUAUCUAACACUUUUGAACGAAUAACAAUCUACUUUUCAAUAGGAAAAGUAAUCUAAUGCAUCUCAAUCAUUGCACGAUGCUGGUCAAUGAAAUAUUCAACUUAAUUAUUCAGAAUAUAGCCCUGUGAUCACUCACUGCUGUAGAACUCUUUCUUACAACACAGAAUCAAAAAUGACAUUUGGUGUGGAGAAAACUAAUUACACAUGCCUGUCAAAAUAUUCCCAAAUCCUCAGCAGACCUCCUUUUGAACCCUCUUACCUGAUGAGUUUCCUGCACUCGUUCCCAACAUUUUAGGGACAUAAUAUUCCAGACACUUAAUUUCCUUCAGAAAUGCUGCUUGGCCUGCUGUGCUCAUCCAGCUCUACACCUUGUUAUCUCAGAUUCUCUAGCAUCUGCAGUUCCUACUAUCUCUUAGUUUCCGUCAACAACUUCUGACUUUCUGUACUUUCCAGAUGCAUCAAAGCCUCUGUCCCCCUUAAGUGCCCUUCUCUCUUUUCAUCAUGCUGUUUGCUUCCUUUGAAAUUUGUUCUCUUGGUUUUUACUAAGGUGCCAUUCUAAGGCAUCCUUGCCUUUUUCUGUGAAAUUAACUGGUUAUUCACCACAAAGCUUGCUGCUUCAUACUUGCCUCAGCUUCCACAGUACUCAUUUUAAUUUUCACACUUGAGCACCUCAUUUUGUCCUGAUUUAUUUCAUCACCUUUGGUAAUUUCCAGCAGGAUGCACAGGCCCUUUACCCAUAUUUUAAAAGAGUAAAAUUCAACAUGUCAUAUUUUGAAGAAAACACAGGGAAAGGACAAGAUACAAAACCUGAACGUAUUAUUGAGUAGAUGGAAUAUACUGUAAAGUAUGCUAGAUAGACGAAAGGUUUCUACCAAAGAAAAGUUUCAAAAAUCAACAAUAAAAAGAAAUAAUAUCUUGCUGUAGAGUUAAAAACUUUGACAUAUUCUUCAGCACUUUGAUUCCAACUAUUUUUUAUUGGAUUUCUGUUUUUGCUGCUUUAUUAACAUUUUUUGUUAGAAAUUACCAGUUCAUUCCUGUAUUGAGAAAUGUAAUAUUAUUGCUUUAUGCCACACUUCCUCUGCAAGAAAUGGGGUGAAGUACUGAUUAUUUUUUGCUGGAAAAUUUACUUUGAAAAUAA